AUGGCUAUGCAAAUAGGAGAUGAAUUUAACUCUUUUGAGCAAUUUCAACAAGCAUUAAUUGCUUACAAAAAUGCAAAAUUUAUGGAUUUUGCCAUUAGUGACUGCAGAACGCUGACUGCAGCAAAAAAAACUUGUCCAAAAAGAAUGAAAACUGUGUUUGAAGCCUUCCCAGAAAUUGUGUUUGCUGAUGCUACAUAUAAACUAUUAGAUAGUAGGAUUCCAGUUUUUGUCCUUUUGGUAGAGGAUGGGAACGGACAAAGCGAAAUCGCUUCAAUAGGGUUAUUAGUCAACGAACUGCAUGAAACAUUAAAAUGGUUUUUUCAAACAUUUCAAAAGAAUAAUCCAGCUAGCAUUAAUACUAAUGUGUUCAUGACAGAUAAAGACAUGAAUGAAAGAAAAGUAAUAAAUGACAUUUUUCCAGAUGCAAAGCUUUUGAUUUGUUUAUUUCACGCACUCCGUACUUUCCAUCGAGAAAUCACAUGUGAUAAAUUGGGCAUUACGCCUCAAGAAAGGGACCAAUCAAAGGUUUUAUUUGAAAAACUAUGCUAUUCUGAUAACGAAGAAGAGUAUCAAAAGUUGUACGAUACUCUUAGAUCAUUUGCACCAUCACAGGUUAUGGAUUACUUCUUAUGGAAACUGAAUUAUUAUUUUUUAGAUUUUAGAUAG